AUGGCUGCGAGAAUAAGCAGCGACUUGAACCAAGACUCGGCACGUCAGCUAGCUGUUUCUCUAUGGUCAUGGCAAGUCUGUCAAGGCUGCGUCGAGCUAAAGAGAUCACAGUGCAAUGAUCAGAAUUGCCCGAGUGGACGAAUGACUCAAAUCCAACGAUACUUGCAGUACUACGAAGCUGUUGUUUCAACAUAUGUGGAUGCAACGUCGACGCCAAGAGAUAUCAAUACCCAUUUGGAUAUCUUGACAAUCAUUUCAAUUCUAAAAUCACAUCCAGAUGCAACCUUGUCAGAGCUUCGCCGAAUAGCUUCACCCAACACCAACACUGCUACUCAGGCUCUCCACAGCAACAUCCAGGCUAAUACAGUUGCGCUUGGUGUCAAAACUAUGCUCAUGAUCGAUCCUUCAGCCCUCCAUCAUUCAUCUGACAGGCUUGAGAAAGGAACUUUCCGAGUGCACUGGAAAGAAGACGUUCCUUUGAGCAAAUACAUCCAGGACUCUUUUCCACUUGGUAAUCACAAUGUCCUCAGCUACAAUACUAGUGAGUUGUUCGCGGAUGUCAAGAGGCAACUUAGAGCUGUCAACCUCAAGAGAAGACUCAAAAUUACUAUCAGAGCGACAUCAGACAUACGAAAUCAUCUGCUGUUUGACAGGAGAAACAGCGUUUUGGAGAUUUAUCAUUAUACAUCGUUUCUCAAAGAACAGUUGAGGGUGACCAGAGAUCUCGGCGACUGUUCCAGCCCAUCUUCGUCUCUUAAAAAGGGCGUGCUACCGCGUCAGCUCGUCCUUGAAAUCCUAGACUCCCUUCAAGGAACUCUUUUCCCACUAUCCGAUCCCAAGUCCAAGAAACUUGCACGGUCACUCAUCAAAAAUUGUUCCUUCGACCCAGAUAUUCUCAAUUUCGAGUUCAGCUCAGUCAGACGUGUCGGGGAAGAGAGUGUGCCUUAUAUCUAUCUGGCCGAUCGCCUCGCGGAUCUGUACAACGAACUUGAGACCCCGCAGCCUCGCAGUUGGCUUCAACGAUCAAUGCAGAGAAAGAGUGGCGCAAGACAUGUGAUGAUGGCGACCUUGAUAGGGGUGGCCAUUGCUAUUAUCCUGGGAAUUGUGUCGCUUGCUGUCAGUUCAUACCAGACUUGGAUUGCAUAUCAGGCAUGGAAGCAUCCUGUUGAGCCUCACUAG